CUCCCUACGCAAUCUUCACACACGGCCACCGAACAGCCUGGCACCAAGAACGUGACAUCGUCGACAUGAUCCAAGAUCUUCGAGUAUCGGCGUUGGAAAAAGCGCAAUACGUCUCACUGAGAUUCAGUUGGUCGCCUUCAUGCCCUGCUGAACUCCGGCCGAAACAUCAUGAUGCGGUGGUCUGGGGUGAUGGCGAUCAUCUGCGAGAGACCGAGGACGCAAUUGGUGAUGCUUGGGGAGCGUUGUUUCCAGAUGAGAAGUUGCCGGAUACAAUUGCUUCGCAAUGUUGUGCGCAAUUCGCUGCUACGAAGGAAGCGAUCAGGGGGAGGACCAAGGAGGAUUAUGUCCGUAUGCGACAAUGGCUGCUGGAUACACGGUUGGAUGAUUCGGUCAGUGGCCGAGUGUUCGAGAAGCUUUGGGCAUAUAUCAUGACGGGAGAAGCUGUGCAGUAAGUUCCCCGUUUUCGACACAAAGUGCAAAAGCUGAU